AUGUUGGCCACACUCAAACAGACCCCAUUAUACCAGGACUUGAAUUGGCGGCUGCGCAAGUAUGGAGCUUAUGACGCGGAUCGUGAUCAAUGGGCGAUUCCCUCUGACAAGACGUCCGUGGGAACCGGAACUGGCUCGGCGGGUAUCAUCCUUGGUUGUAUCCUGGCGCCAGUCAUCACUUCACGAUUUGGUCGCAAGAUUGGCUUCAUGACCUUGUCGUGCCUUAUGAUCGUGGGAGUUAUCUUGGAAGCGAGUGCCGUUACGUCUUUCUGGCAGCUGGCCGUUGGGAGAAUCAUCGUUUACUCGGGGAUUGGGUUGGCUUCGAAUGUCGUUCCAACAUACUUAUCGGAAUGUUCAUCCCAGCGUGUUCGAGGCGCCUUUCUGUCGCUUUAUUCAUUCUUCACGUCGCUUGGCGUUUUCAUGGCAACCCUUGUUGUCUACCUAUCCCGCAACAGAAGCGAUAGCUCUCAGUAUCUGAUCGUGAUCUGCUGCCAACUAUUCGUCCCAGUUGGCUAUCUGCUCGCCUACCCUUUCCUCCCCGAGUCACCCCGAUAUCUCGUUUACCGGGGUAGAUUUGCGGAAGCAGAAGCGGUCAUGAAAAAGCUAUCCAACCACCCGGAGACGAUCCCGCAAGAGAUUGAAAAGCUGCGAGUUCAAAUCGACGAACAACGAGAGCUCCAUAAAGCGACGAUGGUGUUGGACUGUUUCAAAGGCACCAAUCUCCGACGAACGGUUGCGGCGAUGGGCGUUCAAAUACUCCAACAAGCACAAGGAGUCUCAUUCAUCCAGAAUCUUAUCGUCACCUUUAUGCAGCAGAUGGGAUUCCCAGACCCCCUCAAGACUAACGUCCUCGUCACCGGGUGUUCCUUUGUGGCCCAUUUCAUUACGUUCAUCACGCUCGACAAGCUGGGCCGUCGCAACUCCCUCUUCCUCGGCUCUGUCGGCCACGCUGCGACAAUGCUGGGCACGUAGGGCGCCAUUGAAUCGAGUCCGACGGUCGCCGACCUCUCCUCGCAAGCAAAGAACGCCUGUGCCGCUUUGCUGAUCUUGUGGUAUUGCAUCUACGGCUUCACGU